GGUUUUUUUUUUAUACAGGAAGACAAAGUGCUGUUCAGGGAAUUGUGGGACUUUCGUUUCGACGGAAACCAUGUAAACAAACUCCAGAAUGUUGUUAAUUUAUUAUAGAUAAAUCCAUCCGUAUUUAAUUCCCUGUAAAGAUUCUAAUUUUUAACUGUAAUACAUAUAAAACGCUUAGUGAUGGAUUCCGUAAGGGGUCAGGGUGUGGGUUCUCCUCCUAAAAAUGUGGAAGAUAUGGAUGAAUUUCAAGACAACGAACUCGAGGAAUUGUACAGCUGGAUCGAUGGAAUUCCAUUGACGAGGCCGAAAAGAAAUGUUGCUAGAGAUUUUUCUGAUGGAGUUCUUGUAGCUGAAGUUGUGAAACAUUCCAUACCAAAAUUUGUUGAACUUCAUAAUUAUGCUCCUGCUAAUUCUACGCAACAGAAAAUACAGAAUUGGUCUCUUCUUAAUAGAAAAGUUUUUAGUAAAUUGAAUUUCCAGUUAUCAGAAGAUGUUAUUCGUAGUGUUUCGAUGUGUAAAGCAGGAGUCAUUGAAAAAGUUUUACUUAUGUUACGAGUCAAGAUAUCUAAAGCAUUAUGGUCCUUACAACAACCGAAACACGAACUCAUGGCUCCCCCUAUAAUGAAUGAUAAACCAGAAGCUGAUCAAAAUAUAGCAGGUACUGGUAAUUUAACACCCUUACGACAGGGACUAUCUACCACUAGUCAUGGUCAACCAGUAAAAGGAUCAAGUACAGUUAAUAACGUGCAAUAUAAAGGUUCACAUCAACGAAUGCCAUUUAAUUCCAAUGAAAUGAUUCCAAGGAUUUUACUGGAAGAAAAAGAACAGGAGAAUUUAGCGAAAGAGGAAACUAUUCAGAUUUUACAAGCUAAGAUAAAACGACUGGAACACUUGGUUCACCUGAAAGAUGUCAGAAUUGAUGACUUACAGAAUCGGAUGGAACAACUCCGUCCAACGGGUAAUGGUCAUCGAAGAUAAAUUCUCACCCUGCUUUCAUGGAAAAUCGUCAGUCUUUUUAACAGGAAACUCGAAUUGAGGAUUUUAAAAAAAUCCAGUUCUUAUUUCAUAAAGCAUUUAGAGUCUGUACAAAAUCGUGCGUAUGUGACUAUGGAGAUGAACUUGAUCCUUGUGUGGAGGGCGCAAUCAUUAUGUAUAAACUGUGUUCGUGAGAAAACGAUAUGUGAUAUUUUUUACAAUAUAACAUUCCUGUCUGUUAAAGUUAUCGAACACAAUUGAUUAAAAUGACUAGACCUCCUCUAUUUGGCGAAAAUUUAAUGAGUUGGUUUGUUAAUGUUCUUCCCUCUUUAAAAUUUUAGGUCCUGAGAUAAAGUAAAUGCUGAUAUUUUAACUAAUUUCGUAUUCCAUCCAUCAGUCAACGGUUGAAACUAAAAACAAAACUAAAACUAAUAUACAAACCUAUUUAAUAUUUUUUUAAAUGAAAAUUUAAUUGUGUAGAAUAUAUCUUGCCCCAAGUUCACAUAGCAUUCUCAGACUUAAGAAUUUACUCAACUUUCAAACACUGUUUAUGAGAAAUAUCUUUGAUCCACAAAC